GAUCCCAAGACAAAGAAAGUCGCCGAUUUGACUGUCAAGGUGACCGACUACGUCAAUCCCGAACACCUGGCGGCUUUUGACAGAGUGUACAAGAACACAGAAGAGCUGCAGUCGCAGGUCGUUCAUCACAUCAUCUCCCCAUUCGACACAACCAAAGAGCGGGCCAGCCCCAAGGACGCCCCGAGACGUGAGAGGAACCCCUCCCCGCCCAACCCCCCGGACCACGACCCACUGUGGAUCCCGCCUCGGCAGCCGCACGGCAGCCGGCAACCCCGCUGGCAAGACCCCCUGGGGCCUUUUGCGGUCGGUGGGGAAGAUCUGGACCCCUUUGGGGGCCGAAGAGGAGGGAUGAUCUCUGAUCCACUCCGAUCAGGAUUCCCAAACCCUAUCAUUGACCCUUCCUCCGGACUCCCCCACAGACUUCCUCCCGGAGCUGUCCCUCCUGGGGCCAGAUUUGAUCCUUUUGGGCCCCCCGGGGCUAGCCGUGGCGGGCCGAACCCCGACCACCUCCCACCUCCCAACUACGAUGACAUGUUUAUGUGAGGACGGCGGACGAUCUCCUCUCUGCCUCCGGGGGGAGCUGUGACCGCUUCUGACCCCCCCAGCUUGUGCUCGGGAUCCAGGCUUCCGUUUUCUUUCCCGGGUCCUCAGAAACCGGCUUCCGUUUCUCCGUAGAUGAACCAGAAGAGGACGCUGUGUGCAUAAAGAUAAUUUCCCACCCUCUUCCCUUGCAAGAUGUUAUUUUGACUCCCUCUGCGCCCCUUGUGUCCCCCCCCCAAGAGUUUGAGUCUACAGAUGCCUUUUAAACUAACGCUGGGCUGUAAGAAUAGCUACUAUGUUCGGGGGCGGGGGGAGCUUUCUCCAAAGGAUGCGAUGGCGUGAGAGCAAAAUCCUUCCUUUCCUGUCUUCUCGACGACAGUGGCUGGAACCCAGCUGACCGUUGGCCCAGCCCAUGGGGGGUGGGGGCGAGUGGACAACUUGCAAGCGCUGGCUUCGGUCCCUCGACUCCGCCAAACCUGGGGCCUCCCACCGGCAUCAGGAGGCUUCCGUUUGACUGGAGGAAGCCCCCAAGUCUCUGUUGUGCCUCUCUUUCAGGCUGCCGCCAGAACUGCAGAGGCCGAAGUGGUGCAUGAGUACGAAUGGUCGUCUGCUGGGCGGAUCCCUGAAUUCCCCCCCCCCUUUCCCUAGAGUUGGAGAUCCUGUUGGCCUCGGAACCAGCUGGCACGCUGAGAACAGACUAGUAGGCAGAACGGGCAGGAUAGUGGGCCCUUCUGCAGGUCCGCCGCCCCGCUGCCGACACGCCCACGCUCGGCUGUUUUGCUUUGGUUCCGUCGAACUGCUUCAGAAACGGCCAGCCCAAGUGCUGGCCCGCUCCGCUUCUCUCGCAAGGCAGGCUUUUGCCGCCUUUCUCCCGCCCUUGCGCGUUGUUAAUGGCAUCCCCGACAUGCAGAAAUCCAGCAGGGGGAGCUUUUCCCGUCGGAAAGACUUCCCUUGCUAGGUUUCUGAGUGCGGGGCUGCUGUUACAGAAAUGGGUGUGUUGCAAAGAAAGAGACCUCCUAGUUAGUAGUACAUUUAUUAUGGCGUCGAGCCAAGCAUUAACCAUAAGCAUCUCCUAGUUGCCUUGAGUGGCACCCCCUUUUUGCUGCCGCACCUCUAGAUUUCGGAGGGCCCUAGCUGGCCGUUUGGCCGGGGGGGGGGGGGGCGGGAAUUAAAUCCCACCUAGUUGCUGGACAGCCACGCUUAACGUCAUCCAGAUCUUCCUGGUUACUCUGGGAGUUGAAAGGUCUCCCUAAGGAUGCUGGCGAGCUGCUAAAAGCUCGCUUCUCUGUCGCCUCCAUCCAGACAGCUGGCCGGGGGGGGGGCUCCAGAUGGGGGCCUUCGUCUUGUAGCUGGCGGGAUUGUGCCCCUCCCCCUAAGAGCAGACCGCCCUCCGCUACAGGACUGUGAAUUCGCCUUUCGGCGUCACGCUCUGGACUUCGUCGCCAGUCUUGACCAUUCGUGCCACUUUCCCCCAUUCACGGAACGGCGCUUUUGCAAUCGGCCACGUUCCUGACUUUGCAAAAUGGAGCCACCUUGCCCAGCAGGGGUAGGAGGAGAUGCCGGGGAGGCCCGUGUUGGAGGGCGGGCAGGUCCGUUUGGAAUUUUGUUUCCUUGCCUGGCCGGUCGCCAUCUCAAGACGACUAAAUGUGUUGUGUUGUGGGAUCGCUUUUGACCCGGAGACGUGGUUGUUCUGACGAAUGCUGCGUUUCGUGUUUCGUGCCCCGGGCUCCCCGCACCCUGGGGAAAUUUGGAGGCCAGUUGCGGCCAGAAGCGGCCACGGGGAAGGGCGUCACGCAGUCGCAUUCGCAAAAGGAUCUUGGCAGAAGUGGGGGGGCGGGUUCGGUGGAUAAGCCAGCCAGAGGCACUGACUUGGGAGCGAUCUCGAUCCUGCGAAAGGGUGCCCCCCCUCACAUCAACAUGGGGAGCUCCACUGAUUUGAGGGGCACCCCAAUGCCCAGUUUGCCAACACCGGAGGUGGGGAAGGUGGACCCUCUAAUAUACGCGGGCGUGCUCAGUGCUCCUCCCUCGGGCUGAAACAUACCAACUGGGAAGCGCGCGUGUCUGC